CGUCAUUGCGCCGCUACCUUUUAUAUUAGAGCCAUUGUCCGGAAACGUAUAUCGAGAUCGGAUCAAAAUGUUAUCCGACGAAAAGGAUCACAUAUACGUUUGCGUCGACAAGGACAAGCAUAGCACGAUCGCCGUCCGAUGGGCCAUUGAUCAACUUGUCACCUACGGCCAAACUCUUGUCUUGAUCCAUGUUCGGAUAAAACAUGGCGUGAGCUUGGGGGAGGUCAAUUGUGGGCUAGCCGAGGAGCCUAUCUUCGCUCCUUUCCGCGCAUAUUGUGCGCGUAAAAGCAUCAACGUACGAGAAGUUGUCCUAGAAGGGGGAGAUGUUCAUAACACACUUUUGGAGUACAUCAACAAACACCACAUUACAAGUAUAGUCCUCGGCUCAUCGUCGAGGAACGCCCUCGCGAGGAGGUUUUGGAGUCAAGAUAUUGCGACUCUAGUGAACAAGGCUGCGCCGGAUUUCUGCUCCGUCUACAUAAUUUCGAAAGGCAAGGCGCAGUCAAUCCGUCCAAGACAUGCAUCGAGUUCGAGCCCGCCUCAAUUGCCGCAUCCAAAGCUGAAUCGAUUGGAAACGGACACCGGCAGCAGGGGACACCUAAUGAACAGCGAGAAAAGAUCGAUGGAUCAUCACGCAGAGAUGCUAAGGCCGACUAGUAGAGGGAGCAGCGCCCGAAAUCUGUCGAACCUAAAUCAGCUCGACAUCGAUUUUCUAGAGCUCGACAACGAAUCGAGCGACAUAACGAGAGUCGAGAUUCCAAGCCCCGCCAGAAUGGGAACCGGCGCCGAUGCGGAGGACAACGGAGAAGUUCAGAGAUUGAAGCUGGAAGUAAAGCAAACCAUGAACAUGUACAAAACUGCCUGCAAGCAAGCAGUCUCAGCUCAACACCGGGUGGAUGAGCUUCAACAAAUAAAAGUCGACGAAAAGAACAGAAUCGAGCAGGCGCGACUCGCCGAGGAGGCGGCGCUCGCACUUGUCGAAAUGGAGAAAGCGAAAUGCCGAGCAGCCAUUGAAGCAGCGGAGAAAGCGCAGAGAAUAGCGGAGAAGGAAGCGCAACGACGAAAAUACGCAGAGCAGAGAGCGGAAAGAGAAGCCGAAGCCAAGAACCGAGCUUUAGACGUUUUGUCGCAGAGCGACGUCCGCUACCGAAAGUAUUCGAUCGAGGAAAUAAAAUCCGCAACCAACGAGUUUUCAAGCUCGAUGAAAAUUGGCGAAGGCGGCUACGGUCCCGUCUACAAAGGCAAACUCGACCAUACUCCCGUCGCCAUCAAAGUCCUCCGGCCCGACGCCGUGCAAGGUCGAAAACAGUUCCAACAAGAGGUUGAAAUCCUGAGCUGCAUACGGCAUCCGAACAUGGUACUCUUAUUAGGCGCAUGCCCGGAAUACGGCUGCCUCGUCUACGAGUUCAUGGACAGCGGGAGCCUCGAGGAUCGACUCUUUCGAAAAGGCAACACUCCGCCGAUACCGUGGGGGAUUCGAUUCAAAAUCGCGGCGGACAUCGCGACGUCGCUUUUGUUCCUCCACCAAGCGAAGCCCGAGCCGCUCGUCCACCGCGACCUCAAGCCGGCGAACAUUUUACUAGACCACAACUUCACGUGCAAGAUCAGCGACGUCGGGCUGGCGCGGCUGGUGCCGCCGUCGGUGGCGGAUUCGGUGACGCAAUACCACAUGACGUCCGCGGCCGGCACGUUUUGCUACAUCGAUCCCGAGUAUCAGCAGACAGGGAAGCUGGGGACGAAAUCGGACAUUUACUCGCUCGGGGUGAUGCUGCUGCAGAUCAUCACGGCGAAGCCGCCGAUGGGGCUUACGCAUUACGUCGAGAGGGCGAUUCAGAAGGGGACGUUCGCCGAUCUCCUCGACGCGGCCGUGCCGGAUUGGCCGGUCGAGGAGACGCUUGGCUACGCCAAAUUGGCGCUCAAAUGUGUCGAGUUGAGGAAGAAGGAUCGACCGGAUCUUGGGAGUGAGAUCUUGCCUGAGCUUGAGAGACUGAAAGAAUUUGGAAUGAAGCAACAUGUAUAG